AUGACCGGACCACCGAACAAAAGGCAGAAGCGGGAGGACUACCGCCGUGCGCAGAGAGAAACUGGCACGUCGGAAUUGCCCCAAAAGAGGUUCUAUCGCCAAAGAGCCCAUGCGAAUCCAUUCUCGGAUCACCACCUAGUCUACCCGACCACACCUCAGGACAUGGACUGGUCCUCCUACUUCCCUGCUUUUGUUGCCGAUCAACAGCCGAACAUCGUGUCCGAGCCCGCCGAAGCCACCGAGGCUGUGUCGAAGCCGUCGCCUACGAAACUGACCAAGGAUGUCGAGGUUGUGGACAUCGGCUGUGGAUUUGGAGGGCUACUUGUGGCAUUGGCACCCGCGCUGCCCGAUACGCUCCUCCUGGGUAUGGAAAUACGAACGCAAGUCACCGAAUACGUGCAAGACAGGAUUCGAGCACUGAGGAUUCAAAACGCCGACACGAACCUCUACCAGAACAUCGGCUGUCUGCGAGCGAAUACGAUGAAAUUCUCCCCCAAUUUCUUUCGCAAAGGGCAACUAUCCAAGAUCUUCAUCUGUUUUCCCGAUCCCCACUUCAAGCACCGCAAGCACAAGGCCAGAAUUGUGUCGACUACUCUCAACUCCGAAUACGCGUACGUGUUGAAACCAGGCGGUAUUGUGUAUACAAUCACGGAUGUCGAGGAUCUCCAUGACUGGAUGGUACAGCAUUUCGAGGCGCAUCUCUCGUUUGAGAGGGUCCCGGAAGAAGAGCAGGAAGCAGAUACUUGUGUCAAGAUCAUGCGGACCGAGACUGAAGAAGGCAAGAAGGUGGAGAGGAACAAGGGCCAGAAGUUUGUUGCGAUAUUCCGGCGGCUGGAGGAUCCUCCGUGGUGA